AGUAGAUAGGCGGCAGCAUCUAUGUGAACAGGUGUAAGCAUUUAUCGUGUUUCCUACUUCAAUCAUGCUCUCUCGAUGAUAUCCUUCUCUGUCAUUCUGUUCACACUCAGCAUCGCUGUUCUCAUACGCUUCGCCGCUCAACUAUACACACAAACCCACAUUAUGCGUCGUGGCCCUCGUUUCGUGAAUCUACAAAAUAACGGGCCUCGCAAUUUACAGACCGCACCAUCCACCAGCGACGACUACGCGUCCGGUCCGUCUCCAAGCGACGUCCGCCUCGUCCGUGCAUACCUCAAGCACCUGUCACUCCCCACCGAACUCGUACUCUCCAUCCUUGACGAAGCAGACUAUCGCCCCCUCCUUAUAGCUCACCGAAACGAGAAAGUGGCACUAUACUCCCACGUUUCCCGUAGCGGUAACGAAGGCGCAGCUCUGUACCUGACGUCUCCUGUCAUCCCGGUUGGGCUCAAGAGAGCUGGAAUCACACAUGUUCCCAAGAAGAUAACGUACCGGAUAUCAAGUCAUGACCAGGGCUACUGCAGCGAGCCUGGUCUUGCAGGAACGUAUAAUGGGCAUACCUGGUUCGAAGCGACUAUUCUUCGCCCUCGGUCUGACACUGAUACGGGUCCCGGGAGUGUUGGAAUAAACUACCAACCGCUGGAAAGACAAUUUCCCCGCCAGCCCUUGCCAUCUUGGAAAAAUCCCGGGGAUGCAGCAGAAAGUAUCCAGUCCUAUGGUUGGGAUUUCAUUCUCGAUGAGGAUGGCAAUGCCAUAUCUUGGCGCGUACAAAACAAUUUGAGUGCCACUAGGUCGGAUGUGGAACACGAGAUUACAUGGGAGAAAGGGCAAGAAGUCGAGAUUAUUGACCCAAGUACUAAUGACUUUAACGGAAGAGGGAAUGGCCAGGGCUUCUUUGACAUCCUAAGAGAAGGUGAUCGAAUUGCCUUGUGGGCUCGUGCUUUGUAUCCUGGCUGGAUCAAUCACAUCAAGGAAGCCAGCAUCGAGAUUACAUAUGACGAGCAUCAGUGAAAUUCUCAAAACCAGCCUACAUAUUCCGCUUUGGCAAUUGAAUGGUGAGAUUCAGUAGUCUCCUACGAUUGGGCAGACGAGCAUAUACAACUGUAAAGCUCUGUGGGAAUAUGGUAGAUUAGACGUGACAAAGUUGCUUGACGGUCUUAACUCGUCUAGCUACGCUCUAUAUAUAUAUAAGCCUAGCACUCGAUAAGAUUUGAGUAAUGGGGAUGACAUACUAGAAAUCCCGAUGUGGGAUUUCAUCCCUAUUAUUUAGAUCUUUUUAAGCGCUAGGCUUAUAUACAUAGAGUGUAG